AUGGCGAUGAGGUGGUUUAAUGGUCUAAAGACGAACUCCAUAGACUCAUAUAGGCAGUUGACCCAAGCUUUUGGCUCUCGCUUCGUUACGAAACGCAGAGCCCUUUGGCCUUUGAGCGCUUUGUUGUCGUUAUCCAUGCAUGAUGGAGAAACCUUAAAGGCCUACUUGGACAGAUAUUGGGAGACGUACAAUGAAAUGGAAGACAACUUUGACGACGUCACCAUUAUCACUUUCAAAAAUAGUCUCCUAGCCGAUCACGGCCUGCGGAAGUCUUUGACUGGCAAACUCGCCACCAGUAUGUGCCAACUGAUGGAUCGGAUCGACAAGUACAAGCGAGUGGAGGAAGACCAGUUGCAGGGAAGAGGAAAAGAGAAGGUUAUCCUUCAGGAGACUAGGGAUUUCAGGUCGGAUUGGUAUAGCAGCAACCACCCAAGAAGGGACUUUGUAGGGCAACCCGGAACAACCAAUGCACAGAUUGUCAACGCCGUAUUCCGAGAACCAGUACAUCGGUUUUUGGAGAAAAUCAAGAAUGAGCCAUACUUUAGGUGGCCGAAUAAGAUGGCGGGGGAACCCUCGAGGCGCGAUCAGAACUUUUAUUGCCAAUACCACCAAGACCAUGGCAUACCACGGAGAACUGCAAGAACCUCUGGAACCACCUGGACCAGCUCGUUCGGGAAGGAAAGCUGA